AUGGAUCGUGAAGGGUUCUUCUCUCUACUUCCCGGCAAACCCAUUUCAGAUGCCCUGCAUUCUGAUGGAUCCAAGCAGUCGGCCGCUUUUUGGUUAUUCUGUAAUCCCAAAGCCAAUGGUACGAUGAGGGGUUCCUUUCAUGUCGAAAAGAGAGAUUCUUCGUUUUCUUCUAAUGAAAACACGAUUAUUUCCUCUUGUUCUGAAAAUAAUAGCGAAAGAAAGCCCAUCAUGCAUGAUUAUUUGGGUGUUCUAGGGAAUGCAUCGGCAUCUUCCACAAUCACUUAUUGUGGAAACAAAAUAAACGAAAAGCUUAAUCGCCGCAACAGUACCGUUUCACUGGACUUGAAGCUUCGGGUUGAUCCCUGGGUUAUCAAGAAGAUAAUCCAGGAAAGUGAUAUUGGGGACCUGUCCAGGCUCUUGUUGACGACGAAUAGUGUAAAGACUCAUAUUUUCACUCUCUGGGAUGCAGAAAUUAUUGAAAAGGUCAAGAAUGGAGGGGUUCCAGUUGCUGUUUGGGAUUCUGAUACCAUGUCUGAACAUCAACUGCUCUUCAAACAAUGGGCAAGUGGGAGCUACGUCCUCAUUCAACAAUGGAGAAAUGCAUUUGUGAUGAGGAGGAGUUUGAAUAAGGGUGAUGAGAUUGGACUUUACUGGGAUCCAACCAAUUCAAGAUUCAAUUUUACCAUUCUCAAGCGGGCUUAG